CUCCAUUUUCAUUUUCCCCACUUUCCCGAUGCUCUGUUUUUACCACUACUAGAAGUAAACCCUCCCAAAAGAAGAAGAAAAGAAAAAAAAGGAACAAUGUCGAACCAGACGCCUUCCUUCGUCAAAGUUUUGGCUGGAUGUUCAUCCAUGAAGCUGCUGAGAAUUCCAGAGUCAUUCAUCAACCAAUUCGGCCAAGGUUUGUACGGGAAAGUCAUUUUCAAGUCCAAUACUGGAAAUCCUGCAGUUAUCUCCGUGGAAAGAGGAAGCAAGGGAUAUUUCUUCGGAACUGGAUGGCCAUCUUUUGUCAAGGACAAUGGUCUCCACGAAGGCGACCAUCUGGUUUUCAACUUCACCGGGCACAGAACCGUCGAAGUUGUCUCUUACGACCCAACUGGUUGCGUCAAGAGAAAUGCUGAAGCUCAGUCCAACGAGCCUUGUCCAAGUCCUGCAAGGAAUCAAGAAACAGAGCCAUCCUCCAAAAAACCCAGAAACGGAAUGGGGAAAGAGGGGAGAAGAGAAGUUCAACCCCAGAGGCCUCGCCGAAGCACAGGAAGAAGCCUCGGAACAGAGCAACUCCCCAAAACCCGAAAAGGAGUGGCGAAAGGUUCAGAGUCGAGACCACGAGAAGCUCCGAUUAAGACAGAGUCAGAAGAUGGGUAUUCUUUUGGGAAUGCUCCUCGAGGGUUGGCUGCUUGCUUCCAAGUGGUUUACAAGAAGUACAUGAAUCAUAGUGUGUGCAUUCCACUGAGAUUAUGUAAAAUUGCUCGGCUGGAAAUGAAGAACAGUGCCCAACUUCAGGAUCCAAGCGGGAAAGUUUGGCCAGUAACAAUUAUCUCCGGAGGCAAGGGAACAAUGAAACGGUUCGGUGGUGGUUGGCUUGCCUUUGCUGCCGCUAAUGGCGUCGCUGUUGGAGACAGAAUCGAGUUCCGUUACAAGUCUGAAUCGGGUGUCUUCCAGGUGAUGAUACAUAAUCCAAAGAAUAAUACUUGCAACGAUUCUCGAGUUGGGAAGCGGCAAUGGAAGAGAGCCGAUGCUGCAAAUCCUGAAAGGAAGAAGCCUCGUUUGCAGAGGAAACGAGGAGCUCCAACGAAGGCAAAGUCGAGAAAAGGCCAUUCUUCUGGCAACAACGCUCCUCCAGGUUUGGCUGAUUCCUUCCAAGUCGUUUACAACAAGCACAUGGAACGUUCUACUUAUAUGUGCAUGCCGGUGAGAUUUUCUGAAGCCACGAAGCUGUCACUGAAGAAAACUGUUCAGCUUCAGGACCCAAGUGGGAAAUUGUGGGCAGUUUCUGUAAUCUCGGGAGGGAAGGGGCUUCAGAGACGGUUCAGUGCUGGUUGGCGUGCCUUGGCUGCUGCGAACCGCGUGGCUGUCGGAGAUAGAAUCGAGUUCAGUUACAGGCCCGAAUCGGGUUUGAUCCAGGUGAAGAUACAUAGAGAAAGGUGUAAUGCUGGCAAGGAUCCUCAAGUUGGGAGGAAGCGGCCGUGGAAGAGAAGUGGUUUUUGUCGAUCUUGAAAGGAUCAGAGUGCUUGAUUGAGAAGUUCAUGAGAGGAAGCAAAUAUCCUUUUGGUGUAAUUCUGCAGGCUGGUUGUCAUAGCUUUCAUAAUUCGUGUGUGUUGUAGUGUAAGUUGUCG